AUGACCGCAUUCCUCAACGAUCUCUGGAUGUGCGUUGACGGAUUCUUGGCGCCCAUGGAUACAUUGAAUGUGUUUUGGAAAUAUGUCUUCCAUUACAUUGAUUAUCAGGCCUAUGUGUUCCAAGGUAUGAUGAUCAACGAGUUCCAGGACCGCGUUUAUCAAUGCGUGAAGAGCGCAGAGGAUACUUAUCAGUGCAGUUACCCAAGCGACCUCAAGUCUGUUGGGCAAAUUCGAGGAACAGACGUGUUGAAGAUGUUCAGCAUCGAUACUGGACUCGAGGGUACAUGUUUUGGUAGCAUGAUUGGCAUUAUUGUUGGAUACCGGCUGCUUGCCUCCAUUGUGUUGGUCAUCCGCAAGUAG